UAUAAAUCUAUUCUUCAAAAAAUAAAUUUUAGCAUGCCUUACAAAACUAAACAUUCUUUGAGAAAAAGUUCAAAAUUUUCAGUAGUUCGAAAUAGUACAUGACGCAUCAGUUGUUGUACUCCCAUGGGCGUAUAUAAACCCUAACAAAGUCAUUGUGGCCGUACACCCCACAAACGUAAAUUUACUGAUAGACGCACACGUUUCCGUAUUCUCUCGCUCUCCAAUGUUCAACGCCGCCGCGGCCACCACCUCCGCCGCCGCCGUCAGCGGUCCGAACCAUCACUCCUCAAUCGCCGUCUCAUUCAAACACGAAACCAAGCCCUUCCACACGCACGCCGCCGAAAUGCCGGACCCAUCGCCGUCGUCCUCCGCCGGCCCAAUUCGCAUCGACGGAUCCGAACAAGACGCCGUCCUAUCGAAAUCGGAGUUCCUGACCCGACCCGAAGUCCUCAAUCGGCGCGCCCGCAGAGUGAAGCAGCUCGUGCGGAUAUACCGCGACCAUUAUUGGGCGUUGAUGGAGGAACUGAAAUUGAAGUACAGGGAGUACUAUUGGGAGUAUGGGAAAAGCCCCUUCGUUGAAGAUGAGGAGAAUGAGAGGAUCAAUCCGAGCCGCGCUGAUGGCGCGGGGCUGGCUGGGGAUAAUGGAAAUGGCAAUUUGGGGGUUAAUGGUGGGAAUGGGAUUGGGAUUGCCACCAGUAGGUGUGGUGUGCACGGUUGCAAGGCGAAGGCGAUGGCAUUAACGAGGUUUUGUCAUAUGCAUAUACUGUCCGAUGCAAAGCAGAAGCUAUACAAGGCUUGCAUCUUCACCAUAAAAAGUUCAACUACAGGACCUAUACUCUGUGGAAAACCAAUACUUAGAUCAACAGUCCCUUCUUAUUGCCCUGCCCAUUUCCAGAAGGCUGAAAGGCAUAUGGUGCGUGCUCUCAAGAAGUCGGGCCUCAACAUCGCCUCGACGAGUAAGCUUGCUCCCAAGCUCCACCUCAUUGUGGUGGAGUACAUCCGGCAAAUCAAACAGAAGAGGAGAGCUGCAAAGAGGGCAAUGGAGAAUGCAGAGAUCAAGGAGGAGAACAACCCUUGAUGCCCCCCUUCCUUAUUCAUGCAGAAUUAGAAUACUCAAUUCUAGAAAUUCUUUUAUUUCUUGAUCAAGUUGAUAAAUCUGCAAAUUCUAGCUCUAGAUUUGAAGUUAGCGAGUAGUUUGAUGGUUGUGAACUAUUAAGUCAAUCUUGAUGUGUAGCUGGAGAGAUCUGGCUUGUUAGGUUGAAAAUCUUGUCUAUAGUAGAGGAAAAAGCUUGCCUUGUUCACUGAAACAAUGGAGAGAAAAAAUGUACAUUUGUUUGGCAGAAGGUGCAUUUGUUCUUAGUUUGA